AUUUAUCUGUCCUUGACGGGAAGUAACAUUUCUGUGUCGGGAAAUAAAGGGUAAAUUGGUGGAUUUACGUACAAAAAUUAUAAAUUCGGACAUUCGGAUGAAUUAUUAAUUUGCAGGCAAAUAUCGUCUGCAAAUUGGGUGCUCUGAAACAAAAUGGAAUCACAUAACAUUGCACGUACUAAAGAAGGCCAUGCGGCCCAGGCUGGUGUGGAUAAAUGGAUCUUAAUUCAAGAGAACACUUUUCGAAAUUGGGUCAACGAACAACUGCGCCCGGGCGGAAUGGAAGUAAUUAGCCUUGACUCAGAAUUUGACGACGGCGUGAAACUGUGCCUGCUUAUUCAAUCUCUACAAGGAAAGCGUAUUCGAGUGAUCAAGAAUCCUAAAAAUCACCACCAGCAGCUUGCGAAUGUGACAGAAGCACUGCAGGCCAUAGCCAAUGACAACAUCAAGCUUGUCAACAUAGGUCCCGAGGAUAUUGUGAAUGGGAACUUAAAGCUGAUUUUGGGUCUGAUAUGGCACCUAAUUUUGCGAUAUCAGAUUGGCAAGAGCAAGUUCCCAACAAAGAAGCUCAUGUUGGCAUGGUUACAGGCUGUCAUUCCCGAAUACAAGAUCAACAACUUUACAUCGGAUUGGAAUGAUGGAAUCGCCUUAAAUGCUUUGAUUGAAUUCUGCAAGCCUGGCCUUUGUCCUGAUUGGAGGAACCUGAGCAGAUCUGAUGGUUUUAACAACUGCCGUGCAGCCAUGACGCUGGCCAAGGCACAUUUCGACAUCCCCCUGGUUGUGAGACCCGAAGACCUCUCAAGCUCUGACCUUGAUGAGCUGUCGGGCAUGACGUAUUUGUCGUAUUUCAUGAAACUUGACUCGCCUGGCUACAAUAUGACCUUGACCUUGGUCAAACGACUCGUUAGGAACCAGGGAAUCUCUAACUUUACAACUGCCUGGAGUGAUGGGCGACUCAUGUGUGCCCUGGUGACCUCAGUCGGGGGUCACAUUCCAGGAUGGCCAUCAGUGGGUGGGGACAACAUACAGGUCAUGCAACUGGCGCUGGAUGCGGCUCGCGUACUCCACAUUGAGCCGAUUCUUGGAGCCAAGGAGCUGUGCGACCCUGAAGUUGACCACAUCGGUAUUAUGGCGUAUGUUGCAUACUUCCUCAAGUUCAAGCCUACAAUGGCUCCGGCGGAAAAGGUCAUCUUCUCGAACAUUCCAGCUAAGAGCUACGUCGGAAAGGAAGCCUCAUUCUCCAUCACGCUUGCGGACGAUGAUGUUUCCCCGGGCGACAUCCGGGCGGAGGUCACAGGGGCUGACUCCACCCACAAGGUGCAUUUCAACUGGGCCGGGCGCUCUGGACAGGGGUACUUUACAGCAUCAGAGACUGGCCUCCACAAGUUGAUGAUAUUCUGCGAAGGCCAAGUGAUCAACGGCUGUCCAGCCUCGUUCAAGGUCCUUGCUGACCCCUCCAAGGUGACCUUCACAACUGUAGAUAUGUGCUCCAUUGGGGCCUCAACGGAAUUCAAGGUGAACAGUGCGGCAGCAGGUGAUGGUGAGGUAGCGGUGAAGGCCAAGUCUCCUAGCGGGCGGAGUCUGAACCUUAGCACCAUGCCCAGACAGGGCGGAAAUUAUGUCUCAAAUUUCAACCCUUCCGAAGUCGGUGAAUGGGAGAUCUCUGUUCUGUAUGACAACCAGCACAUCAGCGGCAGCCCCUACAUUGUGAACGUGUUUGACCCCUCCCUCGUCAAGGUCUUUGGGCUCGAGGGCGGAAACAUGGCCGACGGGAUCAACUUCAAUGCUGAUGCCACUAGGGCAGGGCGUGGCAAUGUGCGGGCUGAGGUCAUGUACGGACGGACGGAUGUCACGGAGCAUAUGAGACUGCGCGAGGACCAGGCAGGAUUCUACAAGAUGAACUUCACUCCACCCCAGCCCGGCCUGUACAAAGUGCACAUGUACUUCAAUGAUGUGGAGAUUAGAGGUUCCCCGUAUGACCUUGACAUUGUUGAUUCCUCCAACAUCACUGUUAGUGGCAAUGGUUUGAGCCUGGUUCCCGUCAACCGCACAGCCUCGUUUGUCAUCCAUGGAGUGUCAGGAUCAGGAAAACUGGAUGUGGAAAUCAUUGCCCCCAACAGCGCAAGUGUUCCAGCCAAGAUCAAGUCUAUAGGAGGGACAGACCAUCAGGUGGAUUUUGUCCCAACAGUAGUAGGCGAUCACAAGGUCACGGUGACCUAUGGGGGCAAGAAGAUUCAGGGAUCCCCGUACACAGUGCGGGUUUAUGACACUGGUCGGGUUGCCGUAUCUAACAUGCCCUCGUCUGGGUUGCUAGUGCAGCCCGUGGUAUUUGACAUUGAUGCUUCAAAAGCAGGCAGUGGUAACAUAGAGAUAAUGAUCAAUGGAGGUGAGAUUGCCUGCAGUGUACAGAACCAUGGUAACUACCGGUUUACGGCGUCGUUUCUCCCUGUCUCCAUAGAAUAUCACACCAUUGAGAUGAAGUUCAACAAAGAACAUGUUCCAGGCUCCCCGUGGCGGAUCGCGAUCGCAGAUGCCAAAAGCAUGACAGUCUCGGGCCGAGGCCUGGAGUAUGUCCAGGUCAAUAAAACGGCUUCAUUCUCGAUAAUCAUGAAUAAUCUGGAUCCCAAGCAGCUUGCAGUGUCCAUUCUAGAUCCCCAUAGAAACAGCGUGCAACACAAACUAAAGAACAAAAACAAUCAAAUGAAGGUCAAAUACACUCCUAUGGAAAUUGGUGACUACACAAUAACCCUGAAGUAUGGAGAGCAAGAGCUCACUGGAAGCCCCUUCGUGGCCAAGGCAUACAACACAACGGCCAUCAAGGUCACUGAUAUCCCUGAUGGAGUCGUCGGCCAGCCUAUUGAAUUUGGAAUUGAUGUAAGGAAGGCCGGGGAGGGCCAGCUGGAGAUCAUGGUGAACAGCGGCACCCUGCCCAACACGGUAGAGUCCCAGGAGACCGGUGUGUACAAGAUGAGCUUUACACCCGAGGAGGCGGGCCAGCAGAAAGUGGAGAUCAUCUUUAACCAGGAGCAACAUCCAGAUUCUCCAUUUACUUGCAAUGCUGUGAGUCUUACAGCAGUUCAAGUAAGAAGCUUCGAAUUGCAACUUCCUGUAGACAAGUCUGCCAGUUUCUACCUAGAUUUGGAAAGAGCAUUGGAUGUCAAUGUUGAUAUAAUUUCACCAACCGGUGACAAUGUCAAGGCAAAGGUUUCGUCCCAGGGUAGCGGAUACAAGGUAGAAUGGAAGCCUAAGGUAGCAGGUCGCCACAUAAUCAACAUUCAGUAUGGCGGUAUGCAAAUCCCCGGCAGUCCAUUCUAUGUGGAUGUGUUUGAUCUGGCUUCAAUCAGGGUAGACAACUUUAGGCAAGGAACUGUGGGAGAUGAGGCAGGAUUCAGUGUUGACUUCAGCGGGGCAGGUAUGCUGGAACAGGAGGUGCAGAUCGUCGGCCCGUCGGGUGUUGACGUGGUGUACGACACCCGGGAGCUGGGUCACCUCUGGCGUGACUACAUCUACGAGGCUGAGGAGCCCGGGCGAUACCAGAUCUACGUGAGAUACGCUGGCUUUGAACUGCCUGGAUGCCCAUUCACGCAGGAGAUAGCUGAUGGCGGAAUGCCUAGCGCCAGUGGGAGUGGUCUGUUCUUCGCUGAGCAAGACAAACCAGCCCAAUUCAUCGUGGACGUUGGACGACGCAAGGGAGACCUUAGAGUUUCUGUCAAUGGCCCCACCUCUGUUGGCAGAUGUACUGUGGACCCCAAUACAGACGGCUCCUACACUGUCACCUACGUGCCAGUGGAGACUGGAAUAUUUAAUGUGAACCUGUCGUGGAAUGGCACUGACAUACCAGGGAGCCCAUAUCACCCGAAGGUGGUGGACGUACGCAAGGUGCGCGUGAUCGGGGGCUGGCAGCACUUCAUGGACAGCAAUGAGAGGGUCAACCUGGUGGUGGGAGAGCGUAAACAGCUGCCAUUUGAUAUCGCUGAGGCCGGACCAGGAACACUGAGGGCGGAGGUGAAGGGUCCCUCUGGGUCAUUGCACGCGUCUGUAGACAACCAUACGAUGGGCAAGUCAGUUGUUGAGUUCAUACCUGAGGAGGAGGGCUCCCACUACAUUCACCUGUUCUGGUCUGACCUGCCGCUGGUUAACUCCCCAUUCCACGGGUACGCCAUUCAGCAGGUGCCCGACGCCAGCAAGCUCAUCCUCACUGGGCGUGGCCUGAAGGAGGCAACUGUGAGGGAGGAGGCGGAGUUUGUCAUCGACGGCUCACAGGCAGGAAAAGGAUCACCUGACGUAGUUCUCAGCGGAGUCCGUGAUGAAGUGAAUGUCAGAGUAAGCCCCCUGGGCAAUGGCAAGUUCCGCUGUAACUAUGUCGCAACAGUACCAGGCGCCUAUCUUCUCCACAUCACGUGGAAUGGGCGCCAACUCCGUGGUUCCCCCUACAAAGUGAACGUGAUCGGAGCGUUCUACCCGAACCGUGUCGUUGUGAGUGGGGAAGGUCUACGCGGAGGAAUCCUCGGUCAACGUAUUGACGUGGUGAUCGAUACACGAAAGGCUGGGCCAGGUGAGCUGACAGCGCACUGCAUGGGCCCCCACCAGGUGGCAUUCUGUGAGCUGGCAGACAGCAAGGACGGCACAUUCAACCUGGGAAUCAAGGCUCAGGAGUCCGGCCGCCACGUUCUACAGAUCAAAUAUGGCGGCGAGCAUGUAGAGGGUAGCCCAUUCACAUUCAAGGUGAACUCUCGUCCAGAUGCCAGCAAGGUGCGUGUGCAUGGCCCUGGCGUGGAGAAUGGUAUCCUCGCAACCUACGUCAGCAAGUUCAUCGUGGAAACCAAAGGGGCAGGGGCCGGGCAGCUCACUGUGAGAAUUAGGGGACCCAAAGGGGCGUUCCAGGUGGAGAUGUACCGUGACAGUCAGCGUGACCGUACGAUUGUGUGCCGUUUUGACCCCACGGAGUGUGGGCUGUACAUCAUCCAGGUGCGCUGGUCCAAUGUGGACGUGCCUGGGUCACCAUUCAAUGUGCACAUCCUUGAUACCACAGAAGAGUUAGAACAGGUGCUGAAUGAGAACUCAUACUCGAUUGGUACACCGCGAAGCCAGAGUAGCUAUGGUAACCGGCCUGCCACCCGCAUGGUACACCAAGGAGGGAGCCUCCCUGCACCCAGGACCCAGUACGGACAGUGGAGGGGACAGGUGUAUCCUGGGCAGUAGACAGGGAAAUGUGGAAACGGGGAAUAUGGAUGGAAAAAUGGAAGAAAAACUUGUGUCAAAACUGGACUGUUUAUGUUUAAUGUGGAACACCGGUACAGUGGAGAGAAAAUGGAGCAUUAUUGCUAAAAACUGGAAUGUGAAGGGAGAAUACAUGUAUAUAACUUCCGACUGGAAUAAACACAUCAAAAGAUGCCAAAAUUUACAUAUUAGUAUACCACACCAAGUACAAAUGAAUAAGUCAGAAAAUGAUUGACAAUAGAACACAAUUUCAGAAAUGCAUAUUUAAUAAUAAUGUAUAAUGGAUGUGACCAUACAAUUUGAAAUUUUGCCAUACAUGUAAUAUUUAUUUGGUCAAACAUAAAUUAAAUAUAAAUGAAACAUAAUGUAAUGUGCGAUAUUAGAUGUUUACAAUCAGAAAUAUCAGAUGCUGAUCGGUCUUAAAGUGUUGACAAUUCAUCGUGUAUGUUGAAAGUUACCAUAGUUUGUUUAAAGUAUACAUGUAUUAUAUGUGUUUGUUUAAUUUUACUUUACCAUCGUCAUUGUUUAUGCAACAUACAGGCAACAGAAUGGUUGUUUUGCUUAAUAAUUCACUAUUUGCUUAAUAAUGUAUGUACAUGUUUAAUAAUGUAUAUGAUUAUCAAACACAUUCCAUAGUUUAUUCGCUGAUAUUAUGUUUAUACACUUUUAGAGUUUAAAAGUAUUUUGCAUCAAUUUACUCACGUUAUUCAGAUUACUUACAUCUGCGCAUUUAUCUGCGUUUGUGGUAGAGUAUCAUAUAAACUUUAUUAGUCAAAAUAUUGUUGUGUAAUGAAUUAAGAGUAGAUUUCUUAUAGUAUUAAUAUUACAAUACAGCUGUACAAAUAUAUUAUAUCUUUUUUUUAAUGAAAAUAUGUUUGAUGCAUAGUUCUCGUUAAGAAUUUUGUUUAUAUUUCUUUAUUGACAUUGUUAAACGUUUUUGUGUAGUGGGAUUGUUUAUAAAAAUGUUAUUUUUGUUAUGUGAUUUACCCAUUGCAGAACUAAGCAAAACUUUGUAGUUUUUAUAUAAUAUACAUGUAAUAUACAAUAGAAAAUACUCUUUAUUAUAUUUACUUGUAAAUAAAGUUACACAAUAAAAUUCGUUUUUGUA